AUGAAAAUAAUUUUUUUUAUAAUCAAUUUGAUUAGUUCCAUCCUUUCAUAUUCAUUCAAUAAAGAAUAAGAGAUUUCAUUGUACCACACAGAAGGAGAAUUUUAUAAAUAUUAUAUUGAUUACAAUUUACUAGAUUAUGAAUUAAUAUGCAAAAUUGAUCCAUAAAUUCCAAACGUUCAAAUUAUGAAUUAAUGCGAAGAAAUAUCUCAAACACAAGGAUAAAGUAUAAUAAUAAGCAUAUUAUAAUAGAAUUUAAAUCAAUGUCAUCAAACAAUACACAUUUUAUAACUUUGUCAUAUGAAAAUGAAGUAACUUUGUAUGAGUGGAACAAUUAAAUAAUUGAAUAAGUUUGAGAAUCUGUGACAAUUGAUUCUUCACUUAAUUGUUUUAAUAUCAAUUUAUCUGGAGAUUUUUCUAUUUUAGUGGAUUGUUAUUAAAAUGACGAAUUCCUUUUAAUUCAAUUUAAGAAUGAAUAAUCAAUCAUAGCUUAUUAAAGUUAAUCAUCAAUACCUACUUCAACCAAAAUAUAAUCAAUUGUUAAUGGAACCAAUGCUUUUGUAGUUUAUGCCUAAUAUUUUGAAAAUUAUUCGGUACUUUCACUGUUCUCAUCAUCAUUUCAAAAUUAGAGUACCUUAAAUAAUUAAUUUAUUGAUUUUGAUAUUACAAAUACAAUAAGUCCCAGUAUUUACGCAAUUACGUCUCAAGAGAUAUUCUAAAUAUCAAUAUCUCCACAAUCUCAAUUUUAUAUUACAAGUACUUUUAGUGAGGAGGAUAUUACGAAUUUUACUAAUAUUAAUGUAUAUAUCGAUUUAUCUAUUUAUUCUUAAUGUGAUCAAAUAUUGUUGGCAUAUUAUUUAACUUAAGAAGAAUCUUGCGUUAUUUAGCUCUUCGGAUGUUAAAAUGAAAUAAUCUCUACAUAAAGUUAAUAAUGUGAUUUCCUAACUGAGACCAUUUUAAAGAUCCUUUAAAACAGCUAUUUCAUCCUAAUUUAAUUAAAGGAUAAAAUAUUUAUUUACGAAAAACAGUCUGAUGGGGAAUAUAUGUACCUACUCUCUCACUAAGGUAAUUCCCAACUAUAUUUCAAUUUUUAUAAUGAAUUAUUUUCAUUUAAUUAGCAGAUAAUAACUUAUAAAAUUUAAUUUCCUUCGUUUUAAAUCAAUUUAACUAACUUAGAAUCUGCUGGAAAUAAUUAUACAUUUAUACUUUUAUGUCAGAAUCAAGGAUAAAAAACUUACACUUACUCUAACAUUUAACUUUAGGUAUUACCUUAGAAUGAUACAAAUAUCUAUGUAAUGUUUAAUUAAAAUUUUCCUUAAAAUUAGACUUCAUUGGAACUUAAUAUUACAAACAACUUUGAUAGUUUUUCAGGAUAAUUAUUACAAUAUAAACAAAAUCCAGAAGGAAUACCUUUAACUUUUACAUUAAUGACACUGCAACAAUCUGGUCAAAUUAAUUCAAGAUAUUACUUAGUAUAAUCUUUGUAGUUAAAUUCAAUUUAGAAUGAAUUGGUUACCUAAUAUUUGAUAGGAUAUAAUAAUUAUUCAAUCGAUAUUUUAUUUACCAGUUUCUAGUACAGUACAUCUAUCUACUAAUUCAGUUAGAUAUGUUCAAUAAACAUUAGUGUAAAUGCUAGUUUUUUAAAAGUUGCUUAUAGCAUUUAUCCUUAAAUGAUGAUUAUAGGACUAAGUGCUAAUAAUGAAAUCUAUUUGUUUUAAUACUAUAAUUCUAAUAAUAGUAUAAUUAGUUAUUCAAAUUAUUCUUUUAAUUCAUAAUUUUCGGAUUUUUUACUUACAUACAAUAAUGUUAUAAUUCUAAUUGCACAUCAAUAAAUUGAAAUAAUGACAUUUGAUUUUACAAAUACUUUUACUUUAAAUUAAUCAUCAAUAAAUAAAUUGUUCAAUAAUAUAGAAUUCAAUCCAAUAUAAAUAGUAGUGAAUACAUAAUUAUUGUCAUCUUUAUUAUAUAUAAACAAUAUAAAUGAAGUGAUAAUAAUUUCAAUUGAUUAUAAUAGCAUUCCAAUACCAAUUUCAUUAAUUAAAGUCAAUUACAAAAUAAAGUAGAUAAAUAUAAUAAGUUAAUAAUUAAUCUUAUCAUAUUUAUGUAAUGAUGAUCAAAAUACGUGCUUUUAAGUUUAUAAUGUAUAAAAUCUACCAAUAUACUAUUUUGUAAAGAAUCUAUAUAGUGUAAAUGUAGAUAGUGAAGUAACAAUAUAAUCAGAUAACCUAUUCUUAUAUGUUACGUUUAGUAAUUACACUGUUUAUGCUUAUAAUCCUUCCUUACCAUAUCAUAUGAGUUUAUAUUAUAUGUUAAAAUUAACUUCGCCAAUUUAAUGUGCUUAGGCAAUUAAAAACUAAUACUAUUAUUCGCCUUAAAAUCAAUAUCUCUCAUCAAUGAUAAUUCUUUCAAACAAUACAAUUUUUCAACUUUAAAGUAAAUAACAAUUUAGGAUAUCUGGGGAAUUUUACAAUGAAGACUUUAACAAUUCAAUAAAAUACCCAGAAUUUAUUUUUAAUUAUAAUGUAACUUCUGCAUUAAACGAGAAGGCCUUAUAAUAGACUCCUAAUUAAAGUAUUGUUUUAUAUUCAAAUUUCACAGUAUUUUUGAAUUAAAGAAAUUUAUCUAUAGAUUUAAAUUUAGAUAACAUAAUUCCUGGUUCUAAAAAUUUCUCUUAUCCAAUGAAUGUAAUUCUUGAUAGAUAAGCUGGAUUAUGCGAAUCAAAAAAAUUAAUUUAAAAUAAUGAUUUAAACAAAUAUUGUAGUGUAACUCAAUUAAAUUAUCAAAAUUCUACCAGCAUUCCUAAUUAUAGCAACUACUCUUUAAUUACUUCAAUAAAUAACGAAUGUUUUGCUUUACAGAAUAACUCUUAUAUUUAAACUUUUAAUUGUGACUUUACUUCCAUAUCAAAUUUAAGCUAUUCAUAUCUAAAUUUUAAUUAAUGUCUAAAAUCAGUAUCAGAUGGCUACUCAUUAUAUUCAAUUUGUGAAAAUAGUACUUCAUAAUAUUUGCUUAAUUUUACUUUAAAUUGUGAAGGCAAUAUAAUAUUAAACGAAACUACUAAAUUGCCCAUAUUAUUUUAAAAUCUUUCAAAAAUAAACACCCUUUUAAACCAAAUUUUUAUUUUAGGUAGAUUGUAAAAUUCAUCAUAAUAAUAAUUGUAUUGGUUUAACUAAACAAAGAAUAGCUUAUUGGAAAUAGACAGAUAGAAACAUGGAAUUUGUCAAGAUUUUUCUAUUGCAUUGGUACCAAACAAGCUUCAAAAUGAUUAAUUAUAAUAAAUAAGUGUUUUAUAUACUUAGAGCUUUCUAGUCUACAAUCGAAUGAUGGUAAUUAAUGAUUCAGUCAUUGAAAUAGGAAGCAUAACUUAUAUUGAUAUUUAAUUUGCCUGCCUUUGUGAAUAUUUUUUACCAACUUAAAUAUAAUAUAUAAUGGUUUUAAUUUUGCAAGCACAACCCAAUAUUUUAAUGAUACUUGUGAGCAAUAUUUAUUUGAGUUUCAUAGUUGAAGUAAGGUUACGAGCAUAUUAGGAAUUGAAUCAAAAUUAUUACAAUGGAAUAGGCCUUAGAACUACCCCAAAUUUUGGUUAUUUAAAUAAUACAGGGAAUUUUCUUUAUUAGAAUAGGGUUUUGAUGCAAUAAUUUACAUAGAAUAACGCAUACAUAAAUGGAGUCUAUUAUUUAAAUGAUCUCUUUGAUGAUAAUUUAAAGGUACCCAUUUUAAUGUAGGGUUCAUUUAAUGCGACAAUAUCUGAUUAUGUAAUGAUUUUGAAUGAAUAAUAUGAAUAUGGAACAGCCAUAUACUUUUAUAACAAAAGUAUAUAUAAUUACCCAAUAGGUACUUGGAAUUUAACUUGUAUUGCUAAUACAAAAAAUAAUUACAUGAACAUUUCUAUAUUUUGCUAGAAUGAAUUUUCAAAUGGUACAUAUGAGAUUCAAUUUCACCUGCCUCCAGAAUUUCAUUUUAACUUUGGUCCAUCUGUUUAUAUGUUACUUUCCAUAAUUAUUAUACUGCUUAUAUUUUUCUACUUUAGAUUUAGAAAAAGGACUAAGAGGGUUGGGUUUAUUUAUUCAGAAGUCGAAUUAUGA